GUUCUACCGUCGCGCCCAAAAUCCUCUUCGUCGCCUCCUCCCACGCCUGCAGCACUCCUCUUCACCACCCCAAAUCUACUCCUACUGUGGCGGCGGCGGCGGCUUUCAGGGCUCCGCCCUCUACCCAUCCGGACAGCGCCCCACCCACCACCCAGCCAUACGACACGCUGUAAGGGGCCCUGCUGCCCUCCUCGGAGCAGUGGUGCCGUCGGCGUUGAGACAGACCAGCUGACCGUGGUGAUGUGUUUCUGGGCAGCAGACCACAACGGCAAGGAGCUACUGUCAGAUAGCACGACAGGACUACAGGAGUGCUGCAGCUAGGCGCGGGGAUGAGGCGGCAGAAAGGAUUUUUGGGCGGCGCCGCGGCAGUAGAACUAACUCCAGGGCCUGCGGCGUCGGCUCGGCUCGAAAACAGACUCGAGUUAUAGCAGGAGAUGGGACACAUGGCACUAGCUCACGUGGUGUUGCACGAGAAGCAUUGUGCGGCACCGCCGCAUAGAUUUUUUUUCCCGUACCUCUGGAUCGGAGCUCUGCUCACGGUGUUUAGCUACCGUUUCUUUCCGAACUAGAACUGUGUCCCUGCAGAGAGACACGACGCCUAGGCAAGGUACGCGCGGCUUUAACAUUCUCGAUUGCUUUUUGCCAAGCCACGGUUUUGUGGCUAUGCGUUGGAUGACGAAGGUUGUGUCCUGUUCACCUUGUUGCUUUUGAUUUAGAAAGUAUCAUUCGUCGGAAGAAGUGUAUCUCAUGAGUAGUCUUAGUCCAUAUGGUUCACGUGAGUGCACUGCUAAGUGUGGCAUCUAUUGGAGAUGCUCUUAGUGUUACAACCAUCGCUUAAUCAUGCAAAGGAUAAGAGACAGAUUCUCUAACUUACUUCCCUUCGAUUUAUCAAUGACUUACUGGCUUUAAAAUGAGAAAAAAGUGAAAUGACGCUGAUACUAAGUACUAGUGGUGCUAUGAAUUAAUGAUUGAGAGGAAGCUGAAGCUGAAGUUGUUGCGCUGUUUCUGUCUGCUGUUAGUGUCAGAGUACAGUAUCAUGCUCUGUCUUCUUUAAAAAGGUUUUUUCUUUUUUCUAAUAAAAGAAGUAUAAGAUCAUUCCCAGUGUUUUCUGUAUAAAAAGUACAGUUAGAGGAGGCAGUGACAGCUCGAUCGUCGGCAGCCAGGCUAAUCUUGCCAUGGAUCGUCGGCUCCUUCUCUCUGCUCUACUGUUCAUCGCUCUGGCUUGCAGCUCCAACCGCGUCCAUGGCGCACUCAACAGGCACAGCUUCCCCGAGGGGUUCCUCUUCGGCACCGGCACCUCCGCGUAUCAGUACGAGGGUGCUGUCGACAAGCGAGGUCAGAACAUCUGGGACACCUUCAGCCGCAUUCCAGGUAAAAUCGCAGAUGGUAGCAAUGCAGAUAUAGCGAAUGACUUCUAUCAUCGGUACAAGGAGGAUUUGAACCUCAUCACCGCGAUGAACAUGGAUUCCUUCCGGUUCUCCAUUGCAUGGAGCAGGAUUUUACCAAAUGGAACCAUUAGUGGAGGAAUAAACAAAGAAGGGGUCGAAUUCUACAACAGCCUCAUCAACGAGGUCAUAGCUAAAGGACUGAAGCCUUUUGUCACAAUUUUCCACUUUGACACUCCACAGGCUUUGGAGGAUAAAUAUGGCGGCUUCUUGAGCGAAAACAUCGUGAAGGACUACGUGGAUUAUGCGGACCUUUGCUUCAGCCUGUUCGGCGACCGCGUGAAGCUAUGGAACACGUUCAACGAGCCGACGAUCUUCUGCAUGAACGGCUACGCCACCGGCAUCAUGGCGCCGGGGCGGUGCUCGCCGUACGCGUCGGCGUCGUGCGCCGCCGGCGGCGACUCCGGCAGGGAGCCGUACGUGGCGGGGCACCACCUCCUCGUCGCCCACGCCGAGGCCGUCCGCCUGUACAGGGCCAGGUACCGGGCGGCGCACGGCGGCGAGGUCGGCAUCACGCAGGUGUCGCACUGGUUCGAGCCGUACGACGCCGGCUCCGCCGCCGACCGGCGCGCGCGGCGGCGCGCCCUCGACUUCAUGCUCGGGUGGUUCAUGCACCCCGUGGCGCACGGCGAGUACCCGCCGGCGAUGAGGAGGCUCGUCGGCGGCCGGCUGCCGGCGUUCACCGCCGAGCAGUCGGAGAUGCUCAGGGGUUCGUUCGACUUCAUCGGCCUCAACUACUACACCUCCAACUACGCCGUGGCCGCGCCACCGCCCAACAAGCUCCACCCUUCCUACCUGACUGACAAUUGGGUCAACGCGACAGGUUACCGCAAUAGCAUCCCGAUUGGUCCACCGGCUUACACGCCGAUCUUCUUUAACUAUCCGCCGGGGCUACGCGAGCUGCUGCUGUACGUCAAGAGGAGAUACAACAAUCCCACCAUCUACAUCACCGAGAACGGCACUGACGAGGCGAAUAACAGCACGAUCCCCAUAUCCGAGGCGCUCAAGGACGAGACGCGGAUCGGCUUCCACUACAAGCACCUCCAGUUCGUGCACAAGGCCAUCCAGGAGGGUGUGAAGGUGAAGGGUUACUUUACAUGGACGUUCAUGGACUGCUUCGAGUUCGGCGAUGGGUUCAAGGACCGGUUCGGCCUCAUCUAUGUCGACCGCGCCACGCUCGCGAGGUUUCGCAAGAAGUCCAGCUACUGGUUCGCGGAUUUCCUCCGUCGAUGAUGAUGAUUCAAAUGCUUCAAGCUCCUGAUCGACAGUGAUUCGAUCCGAUCUAUAUCUCCAGUGUACUCGAUGAAGCUAGCUUCAGGCAGCUGCCUUUUUUUUUCUUUUUUCUUUUAAAAUAAGAGAGAGAGGCAAGGCUAGGCAGGCAGCUGAUAGAAUUACCAAACCUGAUGUGUGCAGUGUGCUGCCCAAAUAAUUGCCAUGUGCAUGGAAAAUGAUUGUGUUUUCUCAUGGAUAUUGAUUUGAUUACUGGUACAGCGAGAUGUC